AUGGUUCCUCAGUCAUUACUCGGUCUUCUCUCCCUCCCUCUUCUUGUCUCUGCCCAUUUCCACAUGCUGUAUCCCACUCCACGGAGCGACGAUGACGAUACAGAGCCUACAUUCCCAUGCGGUGGCUUCCCGGUCUCCGACAACCGCACCGCCGUCUCCUCGACAGCCUUUCCUUUGGCUUUGGAGAUGGGUCACGACCGAACCGUUAUACAGGUUCUUCUAGGCCUUGGAAACAACGUCGGUGACGGGUUUGACAUCACAUUAAAACAAACAUUCCAGCAACAGGGUGAAGGCGCAUUCUGUCUCCCUAGUGUGCAGAUUCCCUCUGGGUUGAAUAUCACCGAUGGCACCAAUGGAACUCUCCAGGUUGUCACUGACGGAGAGGGUGGCGGUGGUCUCUACAUUUGCGCAGACUUGACCUUCACCUCGUCACCCACCGUCCAAAUGCUACCCAGCUCUUGCGCGAACGGUACUGGUAUCACCGCUUUCCCCCUCUCAUCAAAUGUCAACGCCAAUCAGACAAAUGGCGACGGCUCGCCACAGGGAGGCUCGGGUUCAGCCUCACCCUCUGGCUCGGGGAGCAGCACUUCAAGCAGUACCGCAACUGGUGCAUCAGCUUCCCCCACAAGUAAUGCAGCCAUCCUUACUGCGGGGUGGAGCUUGUUGGGAGCAGUAGUCUUGGGAGCUGUCGCCUUGAUGUAA